GUUUACGCAGCUCUUAUUUGUUGCACUUACACACCGCAAACAUGCUUGCAAGCAGCAGCACGUCGUCUGCGGCUUCCUUCCGCAAAUUUGUCCUAGGGCGCACUGACCCCUGUAGUCCUUCCUGUUGCAUUUGUUGUUAGACAAGCAGCCACAGAAAAUGGAGCGUUUCAUCCGCGGGGUUAUGUUCCUGUUCCUGGCGCUUGCGCCAUUCCGGAGCACGGGCGCACAGCUGUUGCCGGGAUUCCACUGCAAGAAGGUCGCAUUCUAUAAGACCCACAAGACCGGCUCCACCACCCUGGGAAGUGUGAUGUUUCGACUUGCGGUCAGCAGCAACAUGACCCAGUACACUACGGGCCUGAGCCACUAUGUGACUGUCGGCUACAAGGAGGCGCAACACCUGUUGGGCCGGAGUGACAUGGUGCUGAGACACAUACGCUUCUCCGACGCCUCCAGCUGGCACGUGGCCACCCGCAACUUCUACGGCCGGGCCCUGGGCACCAGCAGCUACGGCUUUGUGACCGUGCUGCGCCACCCCUCGGACCGCUACAUCUCCGACUUCUACUACUACGUGGAGCCCGAGGCGCGGCGCAAGGGCGCGCCGGUGACGCUGGCGGGACACGUGACGGGCGGCGGCGGCGCCAACCGGAUGGCGGGGGAGUUCAGUGUGAAGAACGAGGAGGGCGCGCUGGAGUUUGUGGCCAGCGAGAUGCGCACGGACGCCGUGUUCCUGCCUGUGGAGCUGCUGGACUACGGCCUGGCGCUGAUGGCGGGGCAGUGCGGCUGGCGGCUCAGCCAGAUGGUGUACUUGCCAGUCAACUCAAACACCGGCCACACCGAGAGGUACGGUAACGUGACGCUGGCCGCCCGCCCCGGCAUGAGUCAGUUGGCCCAGAACAACCCUACCCUGCUGGCCCGCAUUGCGCGGCUCAACCACCUCGACGGCACGCUGUACGGCGCGGCACAGGCUGCGCUGCUGGCCAAGCUGUCGCCGCACGGCCCCGCCGCCGCCGCCGUGGGCCCCGCCAUGAGCGCCGCCGUGCGACUGACGGUGGCGCGAAAGCGCCUGGCGGCUGACUGCGCAGCGCUGCGGGCUGCUGCUACUGCUACUGCUACUGCUUCUGGGGCUGCUGAUGGUGCGGGUGCGGGUGCGGAGGCAGGCGCUGCUGGUGCCGCCGGAGGGCGGCGCCUCCUCGCCGGCGCAAGCGCCAGUAGCAGCAGCGGGAGCAGUAGCAGCAGCAGCAGCAGCGGGGGCAGCAGCAAGGCCGACGCGGGGCGGCUGUCUCGAUCCGAGCUGGCGGCGGUGUGCGCCUGGUACUCCCUCACCGACUCGGUGUACGAGCUGUUGCCCGAUGACAACACGGGGCGCGUGGAGUGGGCGUCAGCCGUGCCGGGCUUUGGUGGCGCGAGCACAGGCGCAGGAGGGGACUCAGCCGUGCGGGAUGCAGAGGUCGGGGCCGGGGCAGGCGUCGCGGAGGGAGCGGCGGCGGCCAAGGCUGCCAACGAGGCGGCGGCGCCGGCGGAGUGGCGGGUGGGCGCCGUACUGGCGGCGGCGGAUCGCCACCUGGCGCCGUACGAAAACCCUGCCGUACGGUACUACCACUCCGUGGUUGCCGUACGGGUGUUCCCGCCAACCGACGCGGAGGAGCGGUACUUGUACGGCGGCGUCUUUGCGGCUGAGGAGGAUGGGGCUGCGGGCGACGUCAAGGGGGUGGAGCCAGUGUCUGGAUCCGAUGCUGCUGCUGCGGCUGCUGGUGGUGCUGGUGGUGGCGGUGGUGGUGCUGCUGCUAAGGCUGGGACUGCAGCUGUGGCUGCGGCUGGAGGCACUGAGGCUGGUGCGGCUGCUGGCGCUGGCGUUGUGGGCGCGGCUGCAGCAGCUGACGGGAAUGAGAACGCUGCUGGUGCGGCAGCGGCGGCGGGGCAGGACGCAGCAGCGGCGGAGGCGGCCGAGGCGGAGGCAGUGCCGCCGGCCGCAGCAGCCGCCCAGGCGGCGACGGAGGAGGCCGCGGAGGAGGAGGCGGCGGCGGAUGCAGCAGAAGGGGCAGCAGAUGGCGAUGCCGACGGCGAGGAAGCGGAUGAGGAGGAAGACGACGAGGAGGGGGAUGCGGAGGCGGCCGAUGGGGAUGAAGACGGCGAUGGCGAUGACGAGGCCGAGGAGGAGGAGCGCGAUGCUGUGGACUCGGGCACUGGCAAUGCUGAUGCGGAGGCAGCCUCCAGGGCUGCCUCGGCAGCUGCUACUGCCACAAUCGCGAAUGCCAAAGCCAUAGAUGUCGCCGCAGCUGCUACUGCCGCGGCUGCCGCUGGCCUGGCGCAGACUGCUGCGACGGCACAGGUAGAGCAGGGGGCGGCGGCGCAGGCAAACACCACGGCCGCCUCUGCAACUGACAAGGCGGCAGCCGCCGCCGCGACUGCUGAGACGGCGGUGGCUGCGGCUGCUACAGCCGCACAGCGGCGGAGGCGACGCCUGCUAGACGUGGCGGGCUUGCUACUGCGUGGCGGCCGCCCCGGCUCGAAGCGGCAGCAGCAGCAGCAGCAGCAGCGUGGCGGCGGCGGUCGCAGUGGCGGCGGUCUGGCGGCGCGCCGCCUGCUCAACAGCGGUGCCGCGGCGGCGGCGGCACACGCCGCGCAGGCCGCCGCGCAGGCAGCGGAGGCGGCGGCCGAAGCCGCAAUGGAGGCGGCCGGCCUUUCCAGCGCGCAAACGUCCAAAGGCUCGGACGACUCAGCUGACGACGGAGACGACGGGGAUGGCGGCGCCGAGAAGGGGAAGCGGGCGUCGUACGGGUCGCUGCGUGCGGCUGUACGGCUGUGGGUACGGCACCAUGCCGCGGAGGGGAUCCAGCACCUGGUGCUGUGCGUGGACGCGCUGGCGGGCGAGGCGGCGCGUACGGCAGUACGGCAGGCGGCGGAGGCGGCGCUACUGCCGUACACGGGCAGCGGUUGGGGCGGCGACUGGAGCGGCAGCAGCGGCGACGGCUACACCAGCGUCGAGGUGCUGGAGUGCGGCGGCGCCGCCACGCCGGAAGCGGCCGCGGCGGCGGCGGCCGCCGCCGCCGCCGCCAACGUGGCCGAGCCGCGCGGCGCUGCGGCGGCGGACACCGCGCUGCAGGGCAGUGCCUACCUGACGGACCUGGCCAGCCGCGCCCGUUGGUCGUUGGCGCUGCCGGACCUGUCACACUUUUUGCACGGCAACCGCGGUACGGCACGCAGUGUACUGCUGGCGGCGGAGUCGCGGCUCCCCGAGGCGGGCGCCAUCUGCGCGCCCGUCGUGCCUUGGCACAUGCCGCCGCCCUGGCUGCGCGACACGCCCUUCACGCUGCCGACGAAGAAGCCCGACGGCGGCGAGGGUAAAGAAGCGGCCGGACAGAAGGCGGAAGGAGAGGAAGGGGCCGAGGGACAGGAAGGGGACAAGGGGGAGGAGGAGGAGGAAGGGGAGGCGGGAGAUCCGCAGCCGCUGCCCAAGGCGGUGGUGGGCUGGGAUGCGGUCGACGCGCAGCUGAAUGCGGGCGCCAACGCCGCCUCUGCCACCGCUGCUGCGGGUGCUGGGGCUGGUGCAGCUACUGCCGUUGCUACGACUGCUGGUGCUGCCACGUCUGCCGGUGCAACUGCUGCCGAGACGGCGCCUGGAGCGACCGCUGCUACUGCCGCAACCGGGGACGCAUCUGCCGCGGCGGCUGACGCCUCCGGAGGCGAUGGCGCCACCCGCGAAGGUGCGGCGGACGCCGCGACGGCUGUGUUGCCUUCGCCGGCGGUGCAGGAGCAGACACAGACACAAACACAGACACAGGCAAAUCAGGCGCAGCAGGGCUUGGCCGCGACCGGCGCUGCUGGUGACGCGUUCGGAAGGGCUGCCGGCACUGCCGGCGGCGGGAGGGACGUCUGGGGCGCCGCCGGCGGCGGCGGCGGAGCAGGCAGCGGCGGCGCUGGCGACACUGGGCAGGGCAUGAGCAGCCGGCGGCGGAAACGGCGGCGUGACAGCAGCGCAGGCCGCAGCGGUGGCGCUGGUGGCGGCGGCGUGUUGGGCGGUUUUGGUGGCCACGGCCUGCACGGCGGCGGCGGCGGCGCCCACGCGGGUGGUCAUGGCCUGGGCGGCGGCGGCGGCGGCGGCGGGCAUGGCUUGAUGGGCGGCAGCGGCGGCGGCGGCGGCCUGGGUGGCGGCGUGCGGCCGCAGCACCACCGGCCCCACCUCGCCACCGCAGCACAGCUAGCGGGCGUGGCUGGCAGCGCGGCCGGCGGCGGGGGCCGCCGCCGUGCCCUACUGGCCGCCACCGCCGCCGCCGCCGCACAAGCGGCCGCGACAGGUGCUGCCACGGACCCAGCCGCCGCCACCAGCUCAGCCGCCACGGCGGCCUCUGGAGCCGCGGCAUUUGCGGCGGGGGCCUCUGCAGCGGCCGGUUUGGCGGCGGGGGCGGCGCGCGACGCGGGGUCCUGCCUGCUGGUGCCGUGCGCCAUGGAGGCGAAGGGCUCGUACAACUGCGCGCUGGUGCGGGCGCUGCCGGCGCUGGGCGAGGAGGCCGUGUACAGCAGUGUGGGUAAGCAGAUGCCGGCGGGCCGCACGCUGUACAAGACCACCUACCGUACGCCCGACCACCACCGGCUGCAGGUGACGCGGCUGCUGGCGCCCUCGGCGGACGUCGUGGCGGCGGGCGAGGCGGCGCAACCGCACUGCUCGCGGCUUCCGCGCCCGUCCCUGCACGUGCCGUGGUGCCCGCCGACCGCGGCUGAGGUGGUGGAGGAGGCGGUGGCGGUGGAGGAGGCAGAGGAGGAGGUGGAGGAGGAGUCCGGCUCGGAGGCGGAUGAGGCAGAGGAGGCGGAUGGUGAGGACGAGGUGGGGAAAGCAGAGGUGGAGGGUGGAGAGGAGCAAGGGCAGGGCAAGGGAAAAGAGGAAGUGGCUGAGGAGGCCGCAGGAGAGGCGGCAGGGGGCAAGGUGGAGGCCGGGGCAGCAGCAGAGGCUGGUGCAGAGGCGGAAGACGAGGCUGGGGAGGAAGAAGGGACGUUGGUGGGGGCGGAGGCGGCUGAUGAGGCGGAGGAGGAAGACGACGAGGGUGAGCAGCAGUAGUUUGGAGUGGCUUCAUAGAGAUACUCCGAUGUGGUUGAAUGGGUAGCGAUACUUGUCUGCGGCAACGGACUCUCCUGAUCCGAGUUAGGAUAGCUCUGCGGGGUCGAGGUUGAGGUUGGAAGGGUUUGGCACGCGAGGCCCACCCGAGAAUGAGACGGGAGGC